AUAUUGCCUUAUGAGUUAACUAUAGAAAGAUGUCUAGCCCUGAUGAAAGAAAACUGACCAUCAGUGGGGUCAAGGUGGUGUUUCCAUGCAAACCUUAUCCCUCUCAGUUUGGUAUGAUGGAUAGAGUGAUAAAGGGGUUGGAGAGAAAACAGAACAGUUUAUUGGAGAGCCCGACAGGAAGUGGUAAAAGUCUAGCCCUCCUGUGUUCAGCAUUGGCCUGGCAGGUAGCACAGAAUGAGAAAAUAACCAAGGAAAAUAUGAAUGCUGAAUCAGUUGGCUGUAGUAAACCAUGCCAGUGUCAUGCCUCUGAUGCUGGGAGAUCUACAGAAUAUUCACCUGAGUCCAAACCUGGCUACACAAGUAAAGCCGAAGGUGGCAAAGUUAUAGAUGUUGGUGAUGAGGAGGUGAAUGGAAAAGGAGAUGAUGAUAAUGAUGAUGAUGAUUUUAAACCUUCAGCUAAGAUAAGAACACCAAUCCUAGGACAGGGUAAAGGAAAGAAGCGGAGACAUCUAGGUAUACAGUAUGAGGAUGAACCUGACUGUUGUACCGAUAAUCCAAAUGUAAAAUGUACCUGUAAUACAAGUGGCCCGACUGAAGCAAUGAAAAAACAAAAGUUACCAAAGAUAUAUUUUGGCACUCGGACACACAAACAGAUUGCUCAGAUAACUAGAGAGUUAAAGAAGACUGCCUACCAUGAUGCUAGAAUGGUUAUAUUAGCCAGUAGAGAGUAUACAUGUAUACAUCCUGAGGUGACCAUACAAAAGAACAAGAGUGAGGGAUGUAGAGAAAGGCUUGAUAUUCAUGGUCAAGGUUGUAAGUUCAAUGACAAGUCAAAGAGAGUGUUUCUAUCACAGAGACAGUUACAGGACGAACUACCUACAGCCUGGGAUCUCGAGGACUUGGUGUCAUCUUGUACCAAAAAGAAGGCAUGUCCAUAUUUUGUGACGAGGAAUCUCAAAGAAGGCGCUGAUAUUAUAUUUUGUCCUUACAACUACCUCAUUGAUCCACUUGUUAGGAAAAGUAUGGAUAUAACAUUGAAGGAUCAGAUAGUGAUAUUAGACGAGGCUCAUAAUAUAGAGGAUUGUGCGAGGGACGCUGCUAGCGGUAGUGUAACCACUGACCAGAUCACACAGUCUAUAUUAAAUCUACAACAACUUAUGGAGCACAACAUCAAGUAUGUGGAGCAUCUUAAACUAAGGAACAUGUUGGAGAGCUUGUUAAACUUCAUAGAGGGAAACAACUCCAAUUUGGAUCAGUCGGAUUACGAUACCUCGUACAAAGUUUGGUCAGGAUUUGACAUUGUUGUACGGUUAAAGGGGAUAGGUCUUGGACCAGACAGUUUCCAGGAAUAUCAGAGAUGUUUUGAGCAAGCUGUAGCCCAGAAUGAUGAUGAGGCUAUGGCUGUUAGAGACAGGAGAAACAAGGAGGUAAAGAUGAGCAGUAAUACACAGAAAAUACUGGAACAACUCUUCCAGAUCCUAGAUUAUAUGUACAGAGAUGAUCUCAAAUUUGUCGAAGAUUACAGGACUAUUAUAAGUAACUGCAGUAUGGUUUCAAGACAGGGACACAGUAAGUUCUACACUCUUGUUGAAGCUGGUGACAGAUGGCUUGGAAAAAAUAGGAGAGGUGGAUCAAGGAUAGUUGUGUUCACAUUGAACUUCUGGUGUAUGAACCCUGCUGUGGCAUUUUCAGACUUCAGUAGCUGUAGAAAUGUUGUGUUAAGCAGUGGUACCCUGUCACCCAUGUCUUCUUUUGCCUCGGAACUUGGUACCCCGUUCCCUAUACAGCUAGAAGCUAACCAUAUUAUAGAGGAUAAACAGGUAUUUGUUGGAGCUGUAGGAGUUGGACCUUCUGGUAACCAGCUACAAGCUGUAUACAGAAACAUGGAAACAUUUGCCUUUCAAGAUGAACUGGGAAAUUUAAUUCAUCAAGUUUGCACUAAAGUUCCACAUGGCGUCCUAUGUUUCCUGCCAUCCUACAGAGCACUGGAUAAAUUUAUAGAUAGGUGGAAGCUUACAGGAUUAUGGAAUAAGUUGUCAACCUGUAAACGUGUAAUGGUAGAACCUAGAGCAGCUGAUAGGGAAGAUUUUGAUGGCAUGAUGAAAGCAUUCUACGAGGUUGUCAAGGGAGAUCUAUAUAAUCCUUAUCUGGAUGAAGCUGAGUGUAAUGAUGAUGACUCUGAGAUAGAUGGCGCUCUGUUCUUUGCUGUAUGCCGAGGGAAAGUUAGUGAGGGGAUGGAUUUUGCUGAUGACAAUGCCAGAGCUGUUAUUACAGUUGGAAUACCUUAUCCUAGCUUUAAAGAUGUCCAGGUGAAGCUUAAAAGAGAAUACAACGACAAACAUAAGAUUGAUAGAGGACUUCUAAGUGGAGGUGACUGGUAUGAAAUCCAGGCAUUUAGGGCAUUAAACCAGGCUCUAGGAAGGUGUAUAAGACACAGAAAAGACUGGGGAGCCUUGAUCAUUGUUGAUGAUAGAUUUGUUAAAAGAACAGAAAAAUAUUGCAAGAGUUUGUCAAGAUGGGUAAGAUCGAAGGUACAAACAUUUGAUGUGUUCUCUGACUUUCUCACGUCCAUGUCAAACUUUACUGAGAAAAUGAUCAAAGAAAUGCCAAAAGUGAGUCCAGACACGUCAUUUAUUCCCAGUACACCAUGUGAUGACAGAAGAGAUUCUGUUUAUAAGAGACAUUCACUAGAUAAUUCAUACUUAAAUAGUACUAUACAGGCUUCACCCUAUUUCACCAUAAGCAAUCAGCAGAUGCCCGCCCAGAUGCCAUCAAUGGUUCCUCCGAUUGUACCCUUAACACAAGCUGCAGGUCAGCAAGUGGUGUUGAACAUGCCUGGAACCAAUCAGCAUCAAACUAUUUUACUGACAAUGCCUCAACUUCCGGUGCAAGGAACCAACUUGCCACAGUCUGCCGCUAUUCCGGGAACCAGUCUAAAAUCUGAUUUCAGGGGAGGUAAUCAGCUGGACAAAACAAAUUCCACAGAUGGUAUAAAAGCAGAAAAUGUGUCUAAAGCAGAAAAGAAAGCAGAUAUAGUAUUCACUCUUGGGUCAAGCACACUUAGUGCAGAAGAACAACUGAAGAAAUUUGUUAGUUCAAGUCAAGCUCCACGGAAUCAGGCCUACUAUGUUGUUGUAAAUAAAGGGGAGACAGAUGAGAGGGCAUUCUUUAUUGAACCAAACAAAAAAGGAAAAUCUAAACCUAACACGGAAAAGAAAAUUGAAGCAGAGAAAACUGAUGACAGUCUAGUUAAAACACUAGAUCCAGUCAAAACAGAGCAGGACAAAAAACCAGUCAAGGUAGAACAGGAAGUGGUAGUGCCUGAUUCUUCUACAGGUGAUCCAGAACCUCAGAACAAGUUCCUAAAAUUUUGCCAGCUUCCAAAAACCCCAGCUAAAGUUCCAGUGGCAGCUGUUACACCUCAGAGACAAUCUGAACAGGAAAUCAAAACAGAAACUGUUGACUCUGUGAAAGAAGAACCAGGUAGUCUUCCCCAGACUAUGUCAAAAACUUCACACAAUCCUCAAACUACAUCAACAUCUAGACAGUUACAGCCUACAUGUACAUCACCUGUACUCUUUGAAGAUGGCCAGACGGAUGGACCAGCUCCUGACUGUGUAGAUAAAACAAAUAACCUUGCUGAUUUAGAUAAAGAACAUAGCACAAAGAAGAAACCAAUUUUCAAGAAAAGGAAUUCACUUUCUACAAAAACACUUAAAUCUGAGAUUGAGGACUGUAAGGGAACAUCAAAAGAUGGAGAUAGUAAUAUUGAUGAAGUAAAUAAUGAUAAAGACAAUGCUGAUGAUUUUAAAGAUGAAAGUAAAGGAGGAAGAAGGAUAAAGUCUACAACAAGAGGGAAGGUAGAUCUGUCAGUGGUAGAUAAAGUUAAACAGGGUAGAAAGAAAUCAGAUGAUGUCCUACAAGAAGCAAAAGAUAAGAAUGUUGGGGAGGAAUUAUUAGAUGGGGAAUCGGCUUCAGGUAAUGAUGUGAAUUCGGACGAGGAGUUUCUCAAUACCAGAAGACGUGGUGGAAGGAAACGUAAAUCAACAAGUAAAUUUCAAGAGUGGUCGAAGCGGUCCAGAAAAGGUGUCACAUAUGAAGAUAAUGAAAACACUGAUGAAAAAGAAAACAAGGCCAGAAACCAGUUUUUAUCAUGUAUAAAAUGUGGUAAUAAGUUGUUACCACUAGGCCAGUAUGAGAAGCAGAAAAAACAUCCAGAAUUCCUGACCUGUGUUUUCAAGAAGAACACAGAGUUGAUAUAUUUUCCCAACAUGAAAAAUAAGGAUUGCCAAUUACAAACAGUUGAAACUGAAACAAAUCACAAAGGUAAUUAA